AUGAGAUGUGACACGACAGAAAUCGAUGCCACAAACGGACAUUUGAUGAGCCUGCAUGUUAACAAACAUAUUCGGCUCGAGGUGAUAGCGUUCAUCUGUGGUUUGAUGGUGAUGAUACUGCUCGUACUAGCACUCAUUUCAAAUGAUUGGCUGAUGGCUUCCGGAUGGAGGCAAGGUUUAUUUUCACACUGUAUUAGUGAGAAUGCUCCGACACCGCUCCCCUUCAAUAUCAAGUAUCUAGGACCAGACUGCUACAAAGCCAGAGACAUAGCUUACAUUAAAGUUGCUGCUGCAUUGUGCAUUAUUGCACUACUCACUGACGCGAUGGCUACCCUUCUGACAGGAAUUGGCCUGAGGACAACUGAUCAUAGAACAAAAUAUAAGAAACAGGACUGUGUGGGAGUUCGGGUGGGCCUACGGUGUCGGCUGGGGUGCCGCUAUCUUCCUGUUUGGUGCCGUUGUGCUCCUCCUCUGCGACAAGGAAUCAGAAGAGAUCUAUUACAAGGAGAGGAAGGUGGGCGGGGCCUAGUGCGCCGCUCCCCUGCCAGACCUCGUGCUCUAGCAGUCAGGCAGGGAACAUCUUCCAGUCCACAACAGUGCUCAGCUCUUCCUGUGGUCAGUACCCAAUCAUUGACAAUUUGUAAUGUUUCAGCGGCCAAAGUGAACACUUAA